GUUUUAUCUCGUUUUAGGUUUGUUGAUUAGUUGGGUGUCAUGUACAGUGGUGAGUGGACGUUAAAAAAUGGAAGAUUUCCUCAACAAAGAAUACGUACUGCAGUCUACGGAGAACUUUGAAGAUUAUUUAGAGUUUAUGGGCAUUAGUUAUUUUAACAGAAAGAUUGCAUGUAAUCUGAAAAUGGUUCAAUGUUUGGAACGGAACGAGGAUGGCACUUAUACAUUCCAUUUUAAGUCGAAGUUCGCAAAUUCGCAAACAAGAUUCACACCUGGCGAGGAGUUUGAAGAAACGAAAGCGGACGGUGUGAAGGUCAAGGCGUUAAUAACACUUGAAGGUGAUGAGAUGACACACAUACAGAUUGAAUCGAACGGACGCACCUCGAGACACGUGCGAAAAUUCUACCACGAUAAACUUAUUGUUACGACCACGGCUGUGGGAUUCGAUAAAACCGUGACGAGAGUGUACGGAUUGGUGAAUAAAUAAAUCGAUGACGUCACGUCUUGGUUUGGACAGAUAAUAUAUAUGUAAUUGUACAAAAUUGCUUCAAGGAUGUUUAUUAGGUAAUUUAUAGUUUAAGUUUAGUACGUAAUAUUUUAUACGUGGUUGUGUAUUUGUGUUUUAAAUAUAUUAUUU